AUGUAUAUGAAACCUUUAUUUAAAAGGUCACUAUAUAUUGGGUCCUCAAUAAUUGCACUUUCAACAGGUGGAUAUUAUUUCUAUAAAAAAAGUUUUGUUUUAAAUAAACCAUCAAUAGAACUGAAUCCAGACUUUUUCGUGAAAUAUAAAAUCAAUUGGAGACAUGAUAUAGAUAAAGAUCAUUACUUACUGGAACUAAAACCACUAAUCCCACAAAAGAAAAAUAUUUGGAAGGACAUGGGGUAUAAUAAAUUAUGGAGCGUGGAAGUUAAGCAACCUGAAAUAUCAGUGGUUAGAAACUACACGCCAUUGCCGUUGGUGCAUAGCAAAAAUGCCGUCGUUAAAGAUGAAGAUACGAACAUAGUUGAUGUUUUAAAGGAUGGAUGCAAUGCAGAUGGGAUCUUGAUGUUUUAUAUAAAGCAGUAUUCUAAUGGUGAAGUUGCUAGGUGGUUACAUAAUUUGCCACAGGGCCAUGUUAUUGAAUUGCGAGGUCCAUUUCUUGAAUAUGAGUUUCCAGAAUAUCCGAAAGAUGAGAUAAUCAGAGACAGGUCGUUUUUAUGGAAUGGAGCGCCAGAAAAGUCAGAAAAAGAACGAUUUAAGUAUCAGCCAUUUGAUAUCUGUAUGUUUACUGGUGGGACUGGGAUAGUGGCUUGUUUACAAUUGGUUUUGACAGAAAAUCCUUUCAGAGGCCGUAUUAAAUUAUUUCAUGGAUGUCAUGAUAGGAAAGAAUUAGGACCGCUGUAUCCUCUAAUGAAAAAGCUAGACAAACAUGACAGAAUAGAUUUAAACUUGUACGAAAAUUUUAGUUCAAAUUUAAAAUCAAUUUUUAAGCUAAUCCCAAAGCCUUACGGAUAUGAAGGCCAAAGGGUUUUCCAAGUAGAUGGUAAUAAUGAUCCCAAACAAAUCAUUAGGCCUGUUUUAAGCUUAGUUGUUGGUCCAGAGGGAUUUAUUACUUCUGUUGCUGGCACUAAGUUGACCCCAUAUCAAGGUCCCAUAUCCGGUUUAUUAGGCGCUAAAGGUUGGAGUAAUGAUAAUGUUUAUAAGUUAUCUUGA